AUGUCCGCUGCCCAUAACGCCGCCUGUAUUUUCUGCAAGAUUAUCAAGGGUGAUAUCCCCUCUUUCAAGCUCAUUGAAACCCCAUUGACCUAUUCUUUCCUCGAUAUCCAGCCAACUUCCAAGGGCCAUGCCUUGGUGAUUCCAAAGUACCACGGCGCCAAAUUGCACGAUAUCCCAGAUGAGUACCUUGCUGACUUGUUGCCUGUUGCUAAGAAGCUCGCCAUUGCCGCCGGCGUUGCCAUUGAGGGUCCAGGUGGCAUUGGCUACAACAUUUUGCAGAAUAAUGGGAGAAUCGCCCAUCAGGAAGUCGACCAUGUUCACUUCCACAUGAUUCCAAAGGUCGACGCUGCUACCGGUUUGGGGGUCGAAUGGCCAGCUCAGGAGACUGACUUUGAAAAAUUAGGGGCUUUGCACAAGGAAUUAACCGCUGCUCUUGAACAACAAGUCAGUAAUACCAUGGUUGAUGAAAAGAAGCCGCUUUUAGAUGCCUCUGGCUCUGAUAUCAAGCAAGACGAUGGUACCGCCACCGCCAUUUUGAGAAGAAAGAAGAAGGACAAUGCCUUAAUCGUCGACGAUGCCGUCAACGACGACAAUUCCAUCAUUUCCAUGUCCUCCAACACCAUGGAGCUCCUCCAGCUCUUCCGUGGUGACACUGUCCUCGUCAAGGGUAAGAAGAGAAAGGACACUGUCCUUAUUGUCCUUGCCGAUGACGAUUUGGAAGACGGAAUUGCCCGCGUCAACCGUGUUGUCCGUAACAACUUGCGUGUACGCCUCGGUGAUAUCAUCACCGUGCACCCAUGUCCAGACAUCAAGUACGCCUCCAGAAUCUCGGUGCUUCCUAUUGCCGACACCGUUGAGGGCCUUACCGGUUCUCUCUUCGAUGUUUACUUGAAGCCAUACUUCGUGGAGGCCUAUAGACCCGUUAGAAAGGGCGAUCUAUUCAUCGUCAGAGGUGGUAUGAGACAGGUUGAAUUCAAGGUUGUUGACGUUGAACCUGAGGAGUACGCCAUUGUUGCCCAGGACACCAUUAUCCACUGCGAAGGCGAACCAAUCAACCGUGAAGACGAGGAAAACAACCUCGCCGAUGUUGGUUACGACGACAUUGGUGGCUGCAGAAAGCAGAUGGCUCAGAUCCGUGAGUUGGUCGAAUUGCCAUUGAGACAUCCACAACUUUUCAAGUCCAUUGGUAUCAAGCCACCAAAGGGGAUUUUGAUGUACGGUCCACCCGGGACCGGUAAAACCCUUAUGGCCCGUGCCGUUGCCAACGAGACCGGUGCGUUUUUCUUCCUCAUCAACGGUCCAGAAAUCAUGUCCAAGAUGGCCGGUGAGUCUGAAUCCAACCUCCGUAAGGCGUUCGAGGAAGCCGAGAAAAACUCCCCGGCUAUCAUCUUUAUCGACGAAAUCGACUCCAUCGCCCCUAAGCGUGACAAGACCAACGGUGAAGUCGAGAGACGUGUGGUCUCCCAGUUGUUGACCCUCAUGGACGGUAUGAAGGCGAGAUCCAACGUUGUCGUCAUUGCUGCCACUAACAGACCAAACUCCAUUGACCCGGCCUUAAGACGUUUUGGUCGUUUCGACAGAGAGGUAGACAUUGGUAUCCCGGAUGCUAUCGGUCGUCUCGAGGUGUUGCGCAUCCACACCAAGAACAUGAAACUUGCUGACGGUGUCGAUUUAGAAUCCAUCGCCGCUGAGACCCAUGGUUAUGUCGGUGCCGAUAUUGCCUCCUUGUGUUCCGAAGCUGCUAUGCAACAGAUCCGUGAAAAGAUGGAUCUUAUUGACCUCGAAGAGGAAACCAUCGAUGCUGAAAUCUUGGACUCCCUUGGGGUCACCAUGGAAAACUUCCGGUUCGCCCUUGGUACCUCCAACCCGUCCGCCUUGCGUGAAACCGUUGUCGAAAGUGUUAAUGUCACUUGGGACGACAUCGGUGGUCUUGACAAAAUCAAAGAUGAGUUGCGUGAGACGGUUGAAUACCCGGUUUUACACCCAGAGAAGUACGCCAAGUUCGGGCUUUCUCCAUCAAAGGGGGUGUUGUUCUUCGGUCCACCCGGUACCGGUAAGACGUUGCUCGCCAAGGCUGUCGCCACCGAGGUUUCCGCUAACUUCAUCUCCGUUAAGGGUCCGGAAUUAUUGAGUAUGUGGGUUGGUGAGUCUGAAUCUAACGUCAGAGACAUCUUCGACAAGGCCAGAGCUGCGGCCCCGACUGUUGUGUUCUUGGAUGAGUUGGACUCCAUUGCCAAGGCCCGUGGUGCCUCUCCGGGCGACUCUGGUGCCACCGACCGUGUGGUGAACCAGUUGUUGACCGAAAUGGACGGUAUGAACGCCAAGAAGAACGUUUUCGUCAUCGGUGCUACCAACAGACCAGACCAGAUUGAUCCAGCAUUGUUGAGACCAGGACGUCUUGAUCAGUUGAUCUAUGUGCCAUUGCCAGACGAGAAGGCCAGAUUGUCUAUCUUGGAAGCACAAUUGCGCAAGACUCCGUUAGAGCCAGGCUUGACCUUGCACGAGAUUGCCAAGAACACCAAUGGUUUCUCCGGUGCCGAUUUGUCCUAUAUUGUGCAAAGAGCUGCCAAGUUCGCCAUUAAGGACUCCAUUGAAUACCAGAUCCGUUCCGACCUCGAAAAGGAGAAGAAGGCGGCUGAAAAGGCGGCCCAGGAGGAGGCCGGUGUCAAAGUCGAGGACGUUGAAAUGGAGGCUCCUGUUGAGGAAGAGGAGGAUCCAGUUCCAUACAUCACCAAGAGCCACUUCGAGGAGGCUAUGAAGACCGCUAAGCGUUCUGUUUCCGAUGCCGAUUUGAGGCGUUACGAGGCGUACGCCCAGCAGUUGCAAGCCUCUAGAGGUCAGUUCACCAACUUUAAGUUCCCAGACGGUACUGCCGACGGCCCUGCUGCUGGUGCUGAGGGUGACGCUUCUGGCGCUGCUUUCGGUGCUAACGAUGAGGAUGAUGAUCUCUAUAGUUAG